GAAGCGGCAGCUACGUCACGCGUAGGGAAUGCGGUGCGGAGCUGCUGAAGGCCUUGCUACAAAGUGAGUAAACGACGCUAAGCUAAAGGAAAGUGGUCCCGGGUUAACUUUCACUGACCUCCGGUUCGUCCGCUGGAGGCCGAGGGUCCAGACCGAGCGGCGGCUUCGGGCGAUGAAACCCAAAGGAAGAACAGAGUCACUGUAAAUCUACUGCAAAAGAUUCGGAGGCCUGCUAUGUCCGGUCCCACUUGGCUUCCACCAAGGACUCUGGACAGUCCAGAGCGAGCCAUCCCCCAGAUGUCCCACUCUGCAGCAUCAGCAAUUUACCGGGCCCCCAACAAGAAGGGCACUUCUGAUUUCCGGCCAAAGUAUGUCGGUCCAUAUGACCAGAACGGUGGAGGAGGAGGAGCAGGGGGGAUGGCCAACCGGUACUUGGCUACUGGACCUACAGGUGGUCCCAUUCACCAUUCGUCUAGCGAUCAUUAUUACACCCCUCCCCAUGGUCCCAAAGAAGACCGCAACUGGAGCCCCCACAUGGACAGUUAUGAGCUGAUGCACCGUGGUCCUGAAAAAUCAACAAGCCAUCACUCCAAAAUCGACGCUGAAAUUGACUCCCUCACCAGUAUGUUAGCUGAUCUUGACAGCCAUCAUGACUCCAGCUCACAACUAUACGACAAUGUGCCUUACAACAAGUACCUCUCAGGGGAUCACUAUAAGCCUGCACACCACAGCGGAGCCCCUCCUCAGGGUCGGACAUCCAUGGGCUACCCCCCCCAUCCACAGAGCCAAUACCACCCAGCGCCCCCCUACCCCAGCGAGCACCAGACACCUCAGUACCCCACCUCGCACCAGCAGGACUACUACUCCCCAUCGUCCUCCUCCACCCCUAAACCGUACCCUCAGCCGGUCCCUGCAUCCUACACCACCGCCUCCACCCCCACCGGGCCCCGCUUCAGUGUCCAGGUCAAGACAGCCCAGCCCGUCACCUACUCUCAGACGGGGAGGCAGGCUGAGCAGGCCUACACCCCGCCCCCUCCACGCCAGCAUGUGUCCCGCCCCCCAGCCCAGACUCAGGCGGGUCCACAGGGCUGGUACUCCUCUCAUCCCAGCUCGCAAGCUCAGGAGGUCCACAUUGAGACAGGAUACGGCUCAGGGUCUGCAGGCAGAGUAAACCAGGUCCCUAUGUCAAAGAGGGGGCUGGACAGCAAUGCAUCAGGGUCUACACAGAGUCCGGCUUAUCAGACCAGCAAGGGGGCAGUAACAACCAGACCUGAGGAGGAGUUGGAUCGCCUCACCAAGAAGCUGGUCUACGACAUGAACCACCCACCUGCCGAGGACUACUUCGGACGCUGUGCUCGUUGCGGUGACAAUGUGGUUGGUGACGGCAGCGGGUGCAUUGCGAUGGAGCAGGUUUUCCAUGUGGAGUGUUUCACAUGCAUCACCUGUCACGCCCGUCUCCGAGGGCAACCGUUCUACGCCCUGGACAAGAAGAGUUACUGUGAGAGCUGUUACAUUAGUACACUAGAGCGUUGUUCAAAAUGUUCCAAGCCAAUCCUGGACCGAAUCCUACGUGCCAUGGGGAAGGCCUACCAUCCACGCUGCUUCACAUGUGUGGUGUGUAACUGUUGCUUGGACGGUGUGCCCUUCACCGUGGAUGCCACCUCUCAGAUACACUGCAUAGAGGACUUCCACAGGAAGUACGCGCCUCGCUGCUCAGUGUGCGGCGAACCCAUCAUGCCUGAACUGGGACAAGAGGAAACAGUAAGAAUAGUUGCUCUGGAUCGCAGCUUCCAUGUCAACUGUUACGUCUGUGAGGAAUGUGGUCUCCUGCUGUCGUCCGAGGGUGAGGGGCGGGGCUGUUACCCGCUGGACGGCCACAUCUUGUGCAAGAGCUGCAGCGCCCGUCGAAUCCAGGAUCUUUCAGCCAAAAUCUCCACCGAUUGCUAACAAAGCUCUGAAUCUAAAGCUUCCCCUUCCCAUCGUCCUCACUUUACCAGCACAGGGUUCAGUGAUGAAAACAUCUGACUCAUAAUGUAACGGUGAACACCUUCCAUAUCUUUCAGCUCCUAAGAAACAAUGCUUUAUUCUGUUGUGAGCUACAAUCUAUGGUAACCAUCGCUGUAGCUCCCUCUGUUGGUUUGCAACAGUAACUUCAUCUGUAGAGGAGAUAUUUUCUUUGAUACUGGUUCAACUAAAAGCAAGAAGAGAGGUAAUUCAUUCUGUCUGCUUUCAGUCAGAUUUUCUACUGUAUCUGUCCUUUUUUGGUAUUCAGCUUCACCGUUUGUCAUUUUCACUUCAGUAUUAGUAUGACAGUAGGGUGAUCUGUAGGCAGCUCAGGGUCCAUUCACCAACAUCGGUACUGGUGAAACCACCAGCGAAAACAGUUAGUAAUGGACUGCAUGGUACCAAGACCACUCCACCCAACCUUAUUUGGUUUUCCAAUCAGGCAAGAGUUGUACUUAGAAUACCUGAUAUGUAGAUUUUUUUUUAAUUUUUUUUUUGUAUCCGCUCAGUCAAGGCUCCAAAUGAGUUUAGACGAUACCAAAACAUGAUUACUGCCAGGUCAUACAAAAUCACACUUACGGUGUUGUCAUUGUAUGAAACGAAAUUGAACCAACCAAGACUACACAAAAAAGUUACAAUAAAAAUACUUAUUUUAGAAUAGCAAUAAUUACUACAAUAAAUGUCAAAUCAUUAUUAUAAUCAUGCAUAUUACACAUUAUCAACAUAGCAUUUUGAAAUAGCUAAAUUCUUUAUAUUUGAUAAAAACUCAGACUCAAAUAUGCAAAGUCAAUGCUGCAAUAUUCAACAUGAAAAUAACAGUGCAGUUCAAAUGCAGCAGAAUUGUAUGCAAUGAGUCAGUGUGGAAGCAAUGACAAAAUGUGUUUUAACACAAGUUAAUGGAGAGAGUAAUCAUGAUACUGUAAAAUAAUCACCUUGUUCAGAUGAUUGUGAUAUCAUUUACGUAACAGGUCUUGUCAAAAGGCUUGUUUUUGGUCCUUAGUAAAAGUUGAAGAUGGUUAUUUGUGGUUAUUUAUGAUCAGAACAUGAUAAACACUCGCCAAAUACUAUAACUAUACAGAAAUGUACUGGAAGUAACAACAAAAACAUGCUAAACACAACCUUGCACCUAGGCAUAAGCAUAGGUUGGUUUCCAGUCACUCCCAAAACUACCUUACCUACAUUAUAUUUCUGUUACAUUCAUUUAUUGAACUAUAUUGCAUAUUAUAUGACCUGCAAAAUGAGGAGGUGUAGAUGUUACAUACAUUUACGUUGUGUUGAAAAAUUUUGUUUGUUGUCUUAUCUAUACUGGGAAGUACGAUAUCUAAUAAUAUAAAAUUAAAAGGAGUUAGGUCGAGUUGGUACCAUGCCGUAGUAAAGCACUAUGAGGUGUGAUAAUAAUGAACAAAGGUUGAGGAUAUCUGAUGGUAAUACAACAGGAGCUAUAGGUUUAUAAAACACCAACAUCCAAGUGUUGAACUGCCUCAAAAUGCGAACUUUUAAAGCACAUAAUGCAACUGUUAGUGUACAUAAUGGGCAGGUUUAGUUCGACUGAUGAAACUAUGUGAGGCACAUGUACCCUUUAGUGCAGUUUUUCUGUUUUGCAGUGAAAUAGCAUCAUAGAACCAGAAAUGUAGACAGACCGAAUGUGUAGUGACUUAAUCCAAACAACUUUUUUUUUUUUUCCUUUAGCUUUUCUUUAAUAUUAGAACAAAUCUCUCAACUCCAUCUCAAUAUCACGUUAUGCUUUUUCACGUCUGUAGCACAAUUCUCAACAGUUCUUCUCUCUUUAGUCGUCCAAAAUAACAUGUUUGAAUGUCUGAAAAACAAUCUGCUGUUUGACUUUUCUUGUUUUUGUUUUAAUGAUUGUCGUUGGUCAAUACUUGACUGUUACGUCGAAGAAGGUGCAAUGAAGUCAAAUGCUUUUCUUUCUUUCUGUCUAAAGGAAAACAGGGUGUUGGGCCACUUCCAAAGCUUGAAACCAUCCUUAUGUGUAAAGCUUGAGCCUCGCCUCAUAUGAAGACUUUGUACGAUUUAUGUGCCAUUUUUAAAGGGGAAAAGUGACACCUGCACAUGCAAAAUGAUGAUAUAAUGUGAAAUUUAAUUAUAACACCAUACUGGGUACUGAUUUUACUUGAUUGAAAUGAUUUAUUAGAGGUAAAACAUGUUAAGUUUGCAAAUUUUGGGCAAAAGAAGCUCAUCUCUGCAGAGUUUAUCUUUAUCGAUUCUUGCACUCGACUCCAGUAUUUGUUUUGAGUUUAACCUCCGUCUUUUUCCGUCCUGAUUCCUGUAUAUGUGUAACUUCUCAAGGGCUAGAAAUGUUAAAGCCUUACCUCAAAGAUGUCAAAUUGUGAACCUUACCACGAUCUACUCCAUUUGUUAAUUUAUCUCAUGGUGUAAAUACUGUGAUAGCUGCUUUUCAUCGACUCAAUCAUUUAAUUCACGCUCAGAUGUCUUUUUUUUUUUUUUACUCCUGACCCCACGCUGUGUCAUAUCAGUUUUCAGUUACUCAUUGUUAAAUAUAUGUUACAUUGAAAUUGCUGUGAAUCGAAGAAUGUGGUUCUGCAGCGCAUGAAGAAGGAAAGACAACACUGUUUUGUACCGAACAAACAGGUUUUUAACGAGACUGUGCACAUAAGGGUGUAUUUUCUCUAAAUACAGGUUGUAGUGAUAUAAUUAUUAAAAUGUCCAUAUGUC